AUGUGCGUACACAGGAAGCGCUCCCCCACCUCGCUUUUCACAAAGCUGCUGCUUGCAAAGUCUCAUUUUCUUCAAAGUUCUAUGCAGAGCAUCCAAGUGAAGACAGCCCUGUGAUUCAGAAUGGGUCUCCAGUUCCCCCAUGCUCUCUCUGUACUGCUCCUGCUGUUUCCAGUUUUUCUGGAGAACACAAAGGCUUCAGAGGAAGGCAGCAGCAGUCAUUCUGAUUCAACCACCGUGAGCCUUCUCUUCUGUCUGCUGCUGUUCCUUCUUGUGUUACUGUUCUUAGCCUUGCGCAGGCUGAGCCGUGAUUCGGAAGGGAGGUGCCACCCCCGACGUCUGGUGGGAGCCUUGAUCCGCCGAUGGCAGGCACUCAGGGGGGAGCUGCCCCAGGAUGAGGAGCAGAGGGUGGAAGAGCUUGAGGAGCCAGAGCAGCAGCAGGACAUGGAGGCGGAGGAGCAACUCCAGCAGGAAGACAACCAGGAGGAAAGGCAGGAAGACCUCAACGACAGCAUCAACUCUGAGACCCCUGAAGAGGCUGAGCUACAGCACCCUCCUGAGGAAGAUGGUACAAAAGCAACAGAGGGCAGCGCCGAGGCCUUACUUAGUGAUCUGCAUUCCUUCUCUGGGACAGCAGCCUGGGAGGACAGUGGCAAGCAUUUCCACGUCACCACCCUCUAGAAGUUGCAAGAAGAGCACAGCCAGACUCUCCGCAAGGUCAACUAUGGACUGAAGUAGUGUUGGGCAGCAGCCCCACCUCUGAUGACUUCCAUAGACUGAACCCCAUCUCAACCCUAGUGCAUGGCAGAGG